AUGCAAUUUAAGCAAUCCGAAAUCCGAAUUUCAAAGCUCUCACACCUAACUUCUCCCGCCGUCAGAAACUCAAUUUCAAGCCUAUUCUUUCCCACCGCCAUAGAGUACCAGCCUGAUGGCGCCGCGCCGUUGGCUCCGUCCGCCAUUCCCAUCCGUAGCGAGGACAAAGUGUACAUCAGCACUGGCGCCGCGGACUAUCCCACGCCCAGAGCCAUGACUGCCGAAGACAUCAACAAGGUGACGGAGCAGUUCCGCGUGGCGGCGCGCAACGCGAUUGACGCGGGGUUCGAUGGGGUGGAGGUGCAUGGCGCGAACGGGUACCUGCUGGAGCAGUUUAUCAAGGACGGCAGCAACAAGCGCGAGGAUGAGUUUGGCGGGUCCCUGGAGAACAGGAUUCGGUUCCCCCUGCAGGUGGGUCAGGCUGCUGUGAGUUUUGGAGGGGCAAUGGUUGAAGCUGCUGUGCUGCACGCUUCAAAUCACACCACCUCUGCGCCCUGUACGUGGGUGAUCAAGGCAGUGGCGGACGAGGUGGGCGCCAGCAGGGUGGGCGUGCGCCUGUCGCCGUACAGCACGUUCCUGGAUGCUGUUGACUCCGACCCCGUCGCCACGUACGUGGGCAUGGUGGAGGCCGUCAACGGCUUGGGCCUGGCGUAUGUGCACUUCAUCGACGCCCGCGUGCGAGGCAACGACGACAUAGCGACUGUGAAGGAGACUCUGGAGCCAUUCCGCAAGGCAUUCAAGGGGCCCUUCAUUGCUGCCGGUGGCUACAAGCGCGAGAGCGGCAUGGCAGCCAUUGAGAGCGGGGCGGCGGAUCUGAUCACGUACGGCCGCCUCUUCCUCGCCAACCCCGACCUCCCAAAGCGCUUUGAGCUCAACGCGCCGCUCAACGCGUACGACCGCAGCACCUUCUUCAUCCCCGACCAGGUCAAGGGGUACAUUGACUACCCUUUCCUGGAGGAGCCUACUAAGGCGGAAUAG